AUGUCGUUGGCGAAGAAAGACAAGCCGACGAUGUCGGUGACAGCGCUGAUCAACUGGGCGCGGCCGGCGCCGCCAGGACCACAGGCGCCGCCGCCCGCCUCGCCUGCGCCCGCCACCAUGCUGCAGCCGCUCGCGACGCCCUCCAACAUACCCAGCGUUGACUGUUCGCUCGACAUGCAAUGGCUAAACCUGGAGGCGGGGUUCAUGUCGCCGAUGUCGCCUCCGGAGAUGAAGCCUGACACGGCGAUGUUGGACGGGCUCCGUGAUGAUGCUACCUCGCCACCUGCCCUCCGAAAUUAUCCCCCCAAUCACCCCCUGAGUGGUUCCAAGCACCUAUGCUCUAUCUGCGGCGACAGGGCUUCGGGAAAACAUUACGGAGUGUACAGUUGCGAGGGCUGCAAAGGUUUCUUCAAGCGGACGGUGAGGAAGGAUCUCACAUACGCGUGUCGCGAGGAACGGAAUUGUAUAAUUGACAAGAGACAGAGGAAUCGUUGUCAGUACUGUCGCUAUCAGAAAUGUCUCGCGUGCGGCAUGAAGCGGGAGGCGGUGCAGGAGGAGAGGCAACGCGCCGCGAGGGGAGCCGAGGACGCGCAUCCGAGCAGUUCCGUACAGGAAUUGUCGAUCGAGCGGCUUCUAGAAAUGGAGUCAUUAGUAGCGGAUCCAAGUGAAGAGUUCCAGUUUCUGCGGGUGGGACCCGACAGUAAUGUGCCACCGCGAUACCGCGCGCCCGUCUCCAGCCUUUGUCAGAUAGGCAACAAACAAAUUGCGGCGUUAGUGGUGUGGGCAAGGGAUAUACCUCACUUCGGGCAGUUGGAGCUGGAAGACCAGGUGCUGCUUAUCAAGGCCUCCUGGAAUGAGUUACUGCUCUUUGCCAUCGCUUGGCGAUCUAUGGAGUAUUUGGAAGACGAAAGAGAAAACAUGGAUGGCACGCGGAGUGCGGCUACGCCACAGCUCAUGUGUCUUAUGCCUGGCAUGACGCUGCACCGCAACUCGGCGCUGCAGGCGGGCGUGGGCCAGAUCUUCGACCGCGUGCUCUCCGAGCUGUCGCUCAAGAUGCGCACGCUGCGCAUGGACCAGGCCGAGUACGUCGCGCUCAAAGCCAUCAUCCUGCUCAAUCCGGAUGUAAAAGGAUUGAAAAGUCGACAAGAAGUUGAGAUUCUUCGAGAAAAGAUGUUCUCCUGUCUGGAUGAAUAUUGUCGGAGAUCGCACAGCACGGAGGAGGGUCGUUUCGCAUCGCUUCUGCUACGGCUACCGGCGCUUCGCUCUAUAUCGCUUAAGAGCUUCGAGAGCCUGUUCUUCUUCCACCUGGUCGCUGAAGGCAGUAUCGGUGGCUAUAUCCGCGAAGCGCUACGUAACCAUGCGCCGCCGAUUGACGCCAACUCCAUGAUGUAA